GAUAAGCUCUCUAUUCACAAAAUUAUAAUACUGUGCUUUUGAAGCUGACACUCUCCUCUCUCUCUCUCUCCAUCUCUUUGUGGGGACAUCUUAAAACUCUCUCUCUCUCUCUCUCUCUCUCUCUUGCAAGUUUCAAUGGCUACUGAACUUGUCAACAAGACUCAAACACAUCUUGAAUACCCUGAGAUGAUUUAUGAAGCACUUGAUGCACUACAACAAAAAGAAGGCUCAAACAAGUCAUCAAUAUCAAAGUACAUUGAGUCCAAGUAUGGAAUCUUGAAUGAUACACACUCAAAGUUGCUAACUUACCAUUUGGAUAGAAUGAAACAAACUGGUGAACUUAUUUUCCUCAAAAACAAUUACAUUAAGCCUGGUCCAAAUGUACCUCCUAAGCGUGGCCGUGGAAGACCACCAAAGCCUAAAACUGCAUUGCCACAAGAUACAGAAAUUGCAGCUCCAAAGCCAAGAGGUCGUCCAAAAAAAGAUCCUAAUGCACCACCUACUCCCAAGAAACUUAAACCAACAAUUGUCCCUAGUAACUUAGCUAAUCCUGUUUCUAAAACUGGAAGGCCUAGAGGUAGGCCUAGGAAAGUUAUGCCACAACAAGCACAAAAUGGUGUAGAGUGAAGCUGAAAAUUUGUGGACUUUGUUGAUGGUAAUGACUCUUAUGACUGUGUUAUGUCUUAAGUUUUUCUUGGUUGGUGUUGUAUUUGUAGUGAGUUGUGUGUAGUUUCUGUAGCUGUGCAAUGUAGAUUGUUGGAAGAGUGUACUUGUUAUUUCAAGAUUCACUGUAGAUUAGAUGGUUAAGCCACAGCUAGCACAGAAUGGUGUAGGAUGAAGCUGAGAAUUUGUGGAAUCUUUGGUUCAUUUGGACUUAGUUGUUGGUGAUGACUCUUAUGACUGUUAUGUCUCCUUUUUUUGUAGUAUUAGUCUUCUUUUUAUUGGUUGAUGUUGUGUUUGUAGUGAGUUGCGUGUAGUUUUGUAGCUGUGUAAUGUUGAUUGUUAGAAGGGUGAGUACUUGUUUAAUACUUGUUGUUUCAAGAUUCAUAGUAGAUAGGAAGGUCAAGCCACAGCCAGCACUAAAUGGUGUAGAGUGAAGCUGAAAAUUUGUGGAGUCUUACCUCACUGGACUGUUGUGUUGUCUUUAUUCUUCUUAUUUAGGUAUUAGUCUUUCUUUUUUUUUUGGUUGGUGUGUAUUUGUAGUGGGUGAUUUGUAGUUCUUGUAACUGUGCAAUAUGUAGAUUGUUAGAAGA